AUGGGCAAAGCACAGAAGGAACGUCUUGCCGCCAAGGCCGCGGCCAACGCGACCAUGUUUGGCCGCCCCGCCCCCGCGCCGCUGGCCCCCGCGGCCCCGAGCGCCGUCUCGGCGGCCGCCCUCCCGUCGUACAACCCGACGGUCAAGGCCUUCGUGCCCGGCAGCGCGCGCCCAUCGUCGGUGCAUUCUUCUAGCAGCGAGGCCGAGCCCGAGAAGGAGUUCACCCGCGUCCUCGGCAACGAGGAAGACUGCGCCACGUUCGUGGCUAUUGAAGACAUUGACGAGCGCAAGGCCAUCAUCGACAAGAUGCUCCACACAAUGUCCGGCUCAGUCUCGCGCAACGAGCGCCAGGCUGCGAUCGCCGACCUCGUCAAGGCGCUCGAGCUUCUCACGAUUGGCAGCGCCCACGGUUUCUACAUCAUCGACUUCACGCGCCUCGCGCUCAAGAGCAAGGCCGUCGACUCGCGCGAAGGUGCUCUGCUUACGUUCACCGCCAUGGGUCGCUGCGACGCUGUCUCGUCCGCGAUUGAACCGAUUGUCGUCGAAGACCUCGUCUCGAUCAUGGAGCGCCAUGCCGACAAGGAGCCCAACGUCCGUGACGCUGCUAUCCGCCUCACGCACUCGCUCCUCGACCUCGUGAACCCGCUUGCCACGCGCACGUUCCUCUCGCAGAUCUUUGUCUGCUUGGAACUUCGCCAGUGGCAGUGCAAGGUUGCCGCCCUCGACCUCCUCCGCAACUUUGCGCCGCGUGCGCCGACCGAGGUUUCGUGCUCGCUCCCGGAAGUCAUCCCCAAGGUCUCGGAAGUCGUGUGGGAUACCAAGACGCAGGUCCAGCAGGCCGCGCUCUCGGCGCUCACGGCUGCCUGCUCGACGAUCGGCAACGACGAUGUGCUCCCGCUCGUCCCGACGCUCGUCGAUGUGAUUGCGCACCCGGAGAAGACGCUUGCGACCAUCGACGCGCUUCUCGCGACGACGUUCGUCGCCAACGUGGACGCGGCGACGCUCUCGCUCAUUGCGCCGCUCCUCAACAAGGCGCUGCGCGACACGUCGACCAACUCGUCGGCGCUCCGUCGCAAGGCCUCGCGCAUCAUUGACAGCAUGUGCCGCCUCGUCUCUCGCCCGAGCGACGUCGCUCCCUUUGUGCCGCUGCUUUUGCCGCAGCUCGACACGGUCAUUGAGCGCAUCGCGGAUCAAGAAGUCGCUGAAGUGGCCUCGGAUGCGCGUGCGUGCCUCAAGCGCGCUGCCGGCGAAGGCUCGGACGAAGAAGAUCCGGCGGCGAUCCGCCAGCUCCUCCAGCAGAACCUGAUCGCGGGUCUCCACGAGGCGCUUGAAAUCGCGACGCACCCGGGUCUUACCGAGUUUACGCUCACGUACAUUACGGACGUGUGCGCCGAGCUCGUGACGCACAACCGCGGCAAGGAGUGGCGUGGGUUCGUGCUGCCGUACCUCUCGGCGCACCUCCAUGACGAGGACGCCGAUCGCGUGUGCAAGGCGCUGCGCAAGGCUGGCGGCGGCCUCGGCGACGACCGCGUCGUCUCGACGGACCCGAACGAUGUGUGCGACAUUGACUUUUCGCUCGCGUACGGCGGCAAGAUUCUGCUCCGCAACGCCCGCCUCCGCCUCACGCGUGGCCACCGCUACGGCCUCGUGGGCAAGAACGGUGUCGGCAAGACGACGCUCAUGCGCAACAUCUCGAACCACACGAUCGAAGGUCUCCCGACGCACCUCCGCACGGUGUAUGUCCAGCACGAAGACGUUGUCGAGGACAAGGGCUCGCUCCUCGAGUCGCUCAAGGCGGCGCCCGAGCUUGCGCACAACGCGCCGGACGUCUUUGAGACGACGCUGGUCAACAUUGGCUUUACGCGCGAGAUGCUCGACGGCCCCAUCGCUGCGCUCUCGGGUGGGUGGCGCAUGAAGCUCGCGCUCGUCCGCGCGAUGCUGUACAACGCGGAUGUGCUUUUGCUCGAUGAACCGACGAACCACUUGGACGUGCACGCAGUCCAGUGGCUCGUCGACUACCUCAACUCGCUCGAGUCGAUGACGGUGCUCUUGGUGUCGCACGACACGGGCUUCCUCGACAACGUCUGCACGGACGUGCUUCACUACGAAAGCAAGCAGCUCGUCUUGUACCCGGGUACGCUCGCCAAGUUUGUCGAGAAGCACCCGGAGGCCAAGCACUACUACGAGCUCUCGUCGUCCGACACGCAGUUUGUGCUGCCGCAGCCCGGCCGCCUCGAAGGCAUUGCCUCGACCACGCGCCGCAUUCUCUCGAUGGAGAACUGCAACUUUACGUACCCCGGCGCGACCAAGCCGCAGCUCGUCGACGUCAACAUCAAGCUCUGCUUGGCGUCGCGCGUCGCCGUCAUUGGUGGCAACGGCGCCGGCAAGAGUACGCUCAUCAAGAUGAUUGUGCAAGAGACGAUGCCCGACACGGGCGAGCUCUGGAAGCACCACAACUUGCGUAUCGCGUACGUGGCCCAGCACUCGCUGCAUCACGUCGAGCAGCACCUCGAGAGCUCGCCGGUCCAGUACAUCCAGUGGCGUUUCGGCGGUCCUGGUGGCAUUGAUCGCGAACUCGCCGAGCGCGUCGACAAGAAGGAGUCGGAGGCCGCCAAGGCCGAGGGCGCCAAGGGCUCGAUCGAGAAGAUCAUGUCGCGUCGCAAGGGCAAGCGCGGCACGCUCGAGUACGAAUGCAAGCUCUGGGGCAUGACGGAAAGCAAGAACCGCUACUACACGCUCGAGGAGCUCCAAGCCAUGGGCCUCGGCAAGAUGGCCGAAAUGGAAGACAUCCGCCAGGCGACGCUCGCCAGUGGCAUGGAUCUUCGCCCGACGACGACCAAGGAGGUCCAGAAGCACCUCGACGACUUCAACUUGAACGCCGAGUUUGGUACGCACGGCAAGAUCCGCGGUCUCUCGGGUGGCCAGAAGGUCAAGCUCGUCAUCGCCGCUGCCAUGUGGACGCGCCCGCAUUUGCUCGUGCUCGAUGAGCCGACCAACUACUUGGAUCGCGCGGCCUUGGGCGCCCUCGCCGACGGCAUCCGCGGCUUUGCCUUUUACAACUCGCUCUGCACGGAGAAGUGGCUCGUCGAGUCGGGUCGCGUCCGCGUUGUGGGCGAGGCCCAGGAGACCGAGUACCGCCUCGGCGGUGGCAAGAAGGUCAUCGAAGAGGAGGACGAUCCGUCCCGUGCCGCCUUUGGCUCGUCCAACGACAAGAUGAAGGUGACCGGCGUCAUCAUCAACCCCAAGUCGCUCCGCGCCAUGUCGACCAAGGACGCGCGGAAGAUGGCCAAGUGCGCCAAGGCGGCCGGUCGCUCGAUUGAGGAGCACGUUGCGCAGCUCACGCGCGAGAGCCCCGAGUGGAAGUGGCUCCCGUACUAA